CCUACUGGUGCCCCUCACUCCCGACCCGCAGCCCCUCUCCCCAGGGUUCUGUGGAGUCUCAGGCUUGCUGGGCUGAGAACUGUCAUUUAUUCCUGCAGGGCUCUGUUGGGGGCCGGCCUCGCCCAGCCUGGGGGCUCUGCCUGGCAGCCCCCACCCCAAGAGCUGGGAUGCAGCGGGGUGGGCGCCUGUCCCUGAGCUUCCUGCCCCCCCAGCAGGUGGCGCUCUCUGGGCGUGGCCGGGAUCUCUUCACCUUUGUCACCGUGGCCUCGUCCCACAUGAUGCGGACGCUGCAGAGACCCCGCAAGAGCCGCCCUGGCAAGCAGCGGGUGAACCACCGGCGGUUCCUGCACAACCAGAUCAGCAGGCAAUUCACUGACAUUGAAGCCUCGAUGCACCGCCUGGCCUCCUCCAUCCUGGCCCAGGAGACCCCAAGGGACCCUGCGCCCCCCACAGAACCCCGGCAUCCUGGCCCAGAGCCUCCUGCCCCAGCUGCCAGCUCCUUCCUGGGCGUGGCUGAGGCCUUUGUGGCCCCGGAACCGGGGCCUGGCUGGGGCCUGAGCAUGGCCUCCCUGACCCCUGACCCCAGCGACCUCUUUGACCCCAUCACCAGCCCAGAAGAUCUGGGGCUGCCCCCCAGUUGGGCCCCAAUUACCCACAACCCCCUGGAGCCUAGCCAGUGUCCCCUGCCCUGGGACUCCCUGCCCACCCCGGGCACGGACGGUGCCCCCCUCUGGGGCCCAGAUCCCCCUGGCUACCUGCCCCCCGUCACCCCGGCGCACCCUGUCGGAGUGGCGCCAGGGGGGUGGUAACCACGGCAACCACCCCUGUUCCCCUCCCCCGGCCACAAGCUCCUCCCCAUCCCCCCUCCCCCCCCGAAGGAAGCGGGGGACCCCACCUGGUGGGCACCCCCCAAGCGGAUGCAGUGAGGAGCAUGCCAGGUGCUGAGCUGACAGAUGGGGGGGGGGCAUUUGCAGACUGCCAGGAUACCCUGAUCUGGGGAGGUCCCCUUGAAUUUGGGGGUCCUCCUACAAGUCAGGGGCGCCACGUUGGUCUGGGGGAAACCCUCUUGAAUUUCAGUGUGUUACCUUA